AUGCGCAUCCAACAAAGCCCUGCGGUCUUUGUCCCUUGUCCCGGACCCACAAUGCGCUUUGUUUGCGUGCCGAUCGCAAUCUUAAGAUGGAUGGGCCAAUUGGAGAAGGAUCGCAUGGGCGAAGAGAGAGGGCAAGGCUGGAGUGCAAAUGAGCGGUGGCUGAAAGCAGUAAUCUUGCCAGCGUGCACUUCGCCCCCAUCAUCCCAGCGCCCGAUGAAGGAUCGCACCGCCCAGCUGCUCAUCCCCCCAUGCCCCCCUAUCACAACGCAAAAAUCCACCCAAGGUCAAUCCAACGUCCUCCACAUGGAUACGAAGCUCAAUAAACGCAAUCAACAAAAAAGGGGGUAUCUCCAAACUCCAGCUCCACCAGAGAAAAAUUACUUUGGCGUGUGCCAGAAAGUGAUCUCAAAAAGGGUGAUAUUUUGGACUCAAGAAAAAGAGGGUGGGUAUAGAAAAUCCGGCGUCGUUCAUUGA